AUGAAUAUUCUUCCAAAAAAAAGAUGGCAUGUGCGAACACGAGAAAACAUCGCUAGAGUAAGAAGAGAUGAAGCAAAAGCUGCAGAGGAAGAACAAUCUAGACAAGAACGAAUUAAAUUAGCUGAAAGAGAAGCUAGACGAGCCUUCUUAUUGAACAAAAAUAAAGAUUCCUCUCAUAAAAAUCCUCCAGAUGAAGAUAAAAAUACAUUACAGGCACAGGCAGGACACAUCAAUUUCUUCCAGGAGUUAGAACAGGGAAUUGCAGAUUCAAAAAAACGUAAUCAUGAACAUGACAAAGAACAGAAAGAAGAACGUGAAAAGUAUGAGAAACAAAUUGGCUAUUUAACUUACUUAGGUCAAGAUACUAAUGAAGCAUUGGGCAAGAAGAGUUGGUAUGAUAUUGCUCCCAACAGAAAUGAAAUCAAGGGUGAAACAGAUUUGAAAUGCAAACUCAGAGAAGAUCCACUGCAGACUAUUAAAAAACAUACAGGAUAUAAAAAAAAACAAGUAGAACCCAAAUUUGUUGAUAGAACUUCUACAAAACCCACCUUCAAUCAGUCAUUAAUUAACAAAAGUGAAUACAGAGAGAACAGUAGCUGCAAAAUGCCUGAGAAGAGUGUCUUGAAUAAACACAAGCAUAAAACUAGUUGUAGUAGUGAUAACUCAGAAGGUGGAUCACCUAAAAAACAAAAAACAGACACAAUACAUCAGAAUUUGCAGAUACUAAGAAUGAAGCGCCUUGAAAGAGAAAAAGAAGAAAGGAAGAAAGCCAACCUACUAUUAUCUAAAUUGAAGAAAACUCAAUCUGUAGAAGAGGAAUCACCAAAACCAGAGACUUUCCAAGCAAAAUAUAAUUCUCAAUUCAAUCCCCAUAUAGCUAGACAAAAUUACAGUAGUUGA